CGAAUUGCGUGUGAUUGUGUGCGUGCUGCACUCGGGCAAUGUUUUUGGUUUUUCUUAUUAUUAACAAAAAACUAAGUGACCCAGAAAUAUGAGCGAAUCGGUGGCAGAAACUGCAGCUGCAGCGGAAAAUGAAGAGCAGGCCGACGACUCGAUGGAAAAGCUGGCGUUCGACGAGGAAGACGAGAAGAAUGUGUCCGCCGAAGAUUUACUGGGCGAAGAUUUACAUCUGAUGAUGUCGGACGACAGCGAAAAUGAAGAGGUAUCUACGGAGAAACCCCGGAAAAUUUCACCCAAGGCCAGGCGCCAGAGGAUGAUGGACAGCGAUGAGGAGGAGAAAGCAGGGCAGGAGCAGCGGGAGCACAUUUCACCCAAAAACAAGGGACAAAGGCUGCUGGACAGCGAUGAAGAGGAGGAGGAGGAGGUGGUCUCCAAGCCGAAAAAGAAGGUAUCUGCCAUCCUAAGCUCGGAUAGUGAGGAGGAGCAGCAGGUGGCCAAGAAGAAACCCGCCAAGAAAAUUCAGAAAAAGACAUCCCAGGAGGAUCAGGAGCAGGGGAAUCCUGUCAAGAAAAAGGGAGGAACAAAGAGUAAGAAACAGACCCAAGAGGACAACCAGGAGGAUGCUCCUUCCAAGAAGGAAAAGCCAAAAAAGGUUGUAAGGACAAAGAAAGCACCUGCCAAACCGGCUGCAGACCAAGUGGACAAGGUGGAGGGCAGCCAAAUGGACCAGGAAGACAACCCGGAUCAAGAGAAACCCAUCAAGACACAAAAGCCCAAGAAGUUGGCCAAAAAUAAGAAGGAAGAAUACGGAAGUGAGGAGGAAAAGAAACCUAAUCCUACCCAGAAACCAAAGGCAAAGAAACCAGUCAAAAAUAAAAAGGAAUCUCUAUUUGAAUCCCAAGAGGAAGACAACCAAAUGGACGUGGAUGAGGAUUCCAAAAUGGACCAGGAAGAAAAUCAGGAGCAGGAGAAGCCAGCCAAAAAACAAAAGCCCAAGAAAUUGGCCAAGAAAAAGAAUGAAAAAAUGGACAGUGAGGAGGAAUCACAGGUGGAUAACAAUCAGAAUGAUCUAGAGCAGAAGAAACCCUCAAAAAAAAUCCAGAAAAACAAGUUGGCUAAAAUUGACAAUGAAGAGGAUGAGGAAAAAUCAUUAGAGCCCAAAAAGAAGUCCAAGAAAAAUAAACAAAAAAUAGAGAGUGAUGAGGAGUCCGAGAAAAGCCAAGAUGAGGAAGUACAGGAUCAGGAUCUCAAGGAAAUGGACAGUGAAAAUGAUGAUGAGGAUGUGCAGAAACCUUCCAAAAAAUCGAAGAAAAAGAAACAAAGAAUGGAUAGUGACAGCGAAGAUGAGAUCCAGAAAAAUCAAAGCGAAGAGGAAACCAGUUCACCCAAAAACAAAUUUAAAGGUCUGGUGGACUCCGAAUCAGAGCAGGAAGAAUCCUCAGCAGAAAUCAGUCCUGCCAAGAACAAACUCAAAGGCUUAGUGGACUCUGAAUCCGAACCGGAGUUAAGCAAUCCAGAGGAACCUCAAGGGGAACAAGAAGCAACCACUGAAGUGGCUAAAGAAAAAGCCAAGAAGCCCAAAGUUGUGAGGGAAUCAGCUAAGAAGGCACUGGAGGGGAUGCAGGCCAUCCAAAGCGAGCAGCAGCGUUUGCAUCGUGAGGCGCACAUCAAUGUGCCCUAUCAUCAGCCGAAGCCCAGAACGCUAAAGGAAUUCCUCAGCCGGCGUACAAUCAAUGCUCCUUUGGCCACCGCGCUGGCUGGGGGAAGUCCCAUGCCCAGCAGACAGCCCAGAAAGUCCGUGGGACUUCGAAUGACCCGUGAAGAGCUGGAGGCCUAUGCGAAAUUAAUGGAAGAACGCGCCAAAGAGGCCACCGAGUUCUUUAAAUCCGAAUCUGAGCCAGAGGAGGAUAAUGAUUCAGAGAACGAAGAGCCUAUGGAGCUGAAAGACAAUCCAGGUGUCUUGGAUGAGGUGCUAGAUAAUCCCAAAACACCAGAAGAACCCAAGGACCACAUAGAAGAACUGAUUAGCAAAGCAAUAGGGAAAGAUCCCGUCCUGGAGCAAGCAAUAAUAGAAGCUACCAUCCCCGAAGAAGAACCCAUGGCCUCCACCUCUGCUGCAGCUGCUCUAAAAUUCCCAGAUAAUUUUGAAAUCCAACAGGAAACUGAACCAAAGUCCCCCAGCAAAGUUUGUCUAAUCACAGAAGUAGUGGAACUGCCUAGGCUGGACUUGAGCACCAUCAGCAUUACACCGCCUUCCAAGCCAGCCACGCCAAAGAUCAGCGAAGCCAUUCGGCGGCUAAAGAUCGAAAAGAGCUUGGAUGUGAGUCCCUCGCUAAAGGGUGAUGCCAACAUGGUGAUUGACCUGGAAACGGGCGAUAUGUUUGCCAAGAAACCAACCGGAGUGGAGGAUUUACUGAAGCGUCUGAUGAAAACCCGGGAAGCCAAAAAGCACAAGACCACAGAAACAGUCAACAUCUUAUCCACUGAGCAUGGCAAACUGGAAAUGUCCAAGGUAAAUAUUCACCUUCACGAAGAGGAGAUCAUGAAGGAACCCAAACCAGGAGCGGGUUACAUUAAAAUGCAGGAGCAGCUCAAGUCUCUGAUCACCAAGAAACGCAUGGAGGAGCUGCGCAAGAAGCAGGCCGAAGAACAGGAGAAAAUGGCAGAGGAUGAGGAGGAGGAAGGCAUGGAUGUGGAUGAGGAGUACGAACCGGAGGAUAAACCUGGCUACGCAGAGGUUACCAUUAACGAAGAUGAGGAGAUUGUUGAGCGAGAUGAAGGGACUAUUGAGGAGGAGGAUGAGGAGGAAGCAGAGGAUAUCGAAGCAGAUGAGAAACCAGAAGAAGAGCCACUUGAAGAUCUUGAGGAAGAGGAAAACAGCAGUGAGAGCGAUGAGGAAAGCGAGCCCGAAACGCAAGCUGGGAAGAAAAAGAACCGCAUCAUCAAAGCCUUCGAGGACGACAACUCCGAUGAUGAUCUCGACCUGCUGCAAACACCCAAGGCCACCGGUGUGGCUCCCCUAACAGCCACUCAACUGCAGCUUUCCGCUCACAAACUCUUCGACGCUGAAACUCGUCGCACAGCCAGCGACGAGGAGAACGAGCUGCUCGAUCUGUGCUCCGGCCAGUUUCCGCAGCAGUCCCAGAUGCUUUCCUCCGCCGCGCCCUCUUUGGAUCCGGCUGUCAUCAGCCAGAUUCCCAUGACGCAGUUCGGAGGCAGCAGUCAGGCUCCCGAUGAACUGGAAGGUCUGUGUUCCGGCACCUUUGCUACCCAACUGCCAACGCAAGCAGCCACUCAACAGCCGGAGCAGGAAGAAUCCCAUGAGCCGUCAGUGGUGGCCAAUAGAAUUCUGUCCAGUGAUGAGGAGUUAAAGGAGGAAACCACUGAAACGGAUAAGCCGCGCAACAAAAAGCUCACCAAAAAGAGGCCAAAGAAAAAGGCGAAACUGGGAUUCUCCGAUGAUGAAGAGAGCGAUGCUGAAGCCGAUGAAGCCGAAGAAUUCGAGGAAGAAAGCGAUGGAGAGCCUGUGGAGGAAAUCCCCGAAACCUUUGUGGACUACGAUUCCGAGGAGAAUGAAAUUGUUGUGGAAAUGACCAAGAAGGAUAAGAAAAUGCGAGCGGCCAACUUUGUGGACAAAGAAGCUGAGCUAUCUGAAUCCGAUUGGGGAUCCGCCGAUGAGGACGAGAAGAACAUGGAUAACUAUGACGUAGAGUUGGGCGACGAAGAUCAGUUCGAUAGGGAUAAGCUGCGGCACGAACUGGGACAGAUUCAUGCUCGUAAGAUGAUGGACCAGGAUAUUCGGGAGGUGCGCAAGAUCAAAGAAAUGCUGUUCGAAGAGGAAGAGGAGGGAGCCAGUCGACAGCGGCAGUUUCGUUGGAAGAAUGUGGAGAAUGGUUUUAGCUUGGAUGAUCAUCGACCGGAAAAUGGUGAAGGAAACGAGGGCAGUGGCGAUGAGGAUAACGAGCAUCUGUGGCGAAAAAUUCGCUAUGAACGCGAGCAGUUACUGUUGGAAAAAGGCCUAAAGCCGGAGGCAGCCUCUCCACUCUCCACAUCCGUGAUUAACACCAGUAACUCUGGUAAUUCCAUUCGCCGACUGAACAUAAUCUCCUCCAAAAAGACAACUGUGGAGGUGAAGAAGAGUUCACCCUUCCUGAUCUCAAAAACAGCAGCUGGCAAACAGAAGAGUGCAGUUCGUGGUUCUUUUCUUAUUCGGGAUCAGCAGACGCUUACCAAACUGGCAGCAGGCCUUUCCAAGGGAACCUCCGCCGGCGAUGUGGACGGAACAGAAGGCACUAUUUCCGUAAAAUCUACCAAGGCCAAGAACUUUGUGUUCGCCACGCUAACGGAAGAGGAGCAUGAGAAUCGCAAACGAAAAGCAGCCGAGAUACUCAACAGCAGCACCGAGACGGGCGUGAAUUUCAUGAAGAAACCACGAUUGGAACCUCGGAGGGAGAAGUGCCUUAUAGAUCAGCUUCUUUAGACUAAGCUCUCUUAAUUUUAGACAACUAAAAUGUACAUUUUGCUAUAUAGUCUAGUAAGAUAGUGGAUAGGAUUGAAUAAACCAUAAAUUUAAUUUGUAUAUGUUUAGAUAAAAACAAUUUUUUACUUUUUUCGAUUGCUAUAUAAUUUUAAUCCUUACAAUUAUUUUUCAAUCGUCAGAAAAUUUGGUAUGUAAGAAGAUAUAAUAAGGAUAUACAAUAUAGGUGAAUAAGUUAAAAUAAAUACAUUUUGUUU